AUGGUCAUUGCCACAUUGAUCUAUUUCAACCGAAUAGGAGCAUCUGGUAUCCCAAGAACAAAUUCAAUUGGAACACUUUCUGUCUGUGGCUCAAAUGCUACUGACAACAUUCUAAACACAGAAGAGGCUCUUCUUAGAGGGGAAUAUACUGUCAUAAGAAGCUUAAUCCGUGUCUUAGAGGGCGGGUUCCCAGUCUAUGGUGUUGCAAAUCCAACUGUGGAAAGAAUUAAAUAUGUUAUGCAAAGAAUAGGUAGCUCUAAAGGUGGCGUAGGUAGACCCGUCUUUUGGCACAACAUGAGAGAAGAACCUGUUAUUUACAUUAAUGGAAAGCCCUUCGUGCUUCGUGAGGUUGAAAGACCCAACAAAAACAUGCUCGAGUAUAAGAGAAUGGAAGCUCGAUUGAAAGAAGAUAUUCUCAAAGAAUCUGAACGUUAUGGAUGUAAGGUACAUGAAGCAUUGUUUAAAGGUGGAUCAGUAGUCUACAUGUCAUUGCAUGUCUUUGUCUUGAUGAUGAUGAAGAGAUCAUUCAUUAGCAGAGUUUUCAAGUUUAUACCAGAGUGGUCAAGGUGGUUGGAAUUGGACCUAAAGUUGGUUGCUGAUAUAGGAAUAGUGGGUGCUCCAAAUGCAAGAAAAAGCAUGUUUUUAAGUGUUAUUAGUGUUGACAUGUAG